AUUGCUUCACCAAGGAAGUGCAUGAAGUAAGAACAGCGCCACAACCCCUUAGCAAAGCAUCACCGCCGUUUUACGCUAAAACCCUACCGGCGAUGGCCUCUCAACCACCAAAGAAGAAACAGAGAAAGAGGAAUAUAGUCAGACAGAGCGCGGGACAACUAGAACGAUUCGACUCACUCCCAUGGGCCUCAUCACUUCCCGAUACCGACGACGAUCCGUUCUCUGCACUCGCCGGAUUGAAUGACUUCGAAGGAGGUGUUUUGUCUCUUGAAGAGAUUGAUGAAUCAGAGUAUGGAUUGGAGCUUCCAAAAGGAUUUCAAAAGGGAGGGAAGAAACCAGAAAAACUGACGAAACGGAAGAGGGAAGAAAGUAACAGUGAUGAAGUUGUUAAGGAGGAGGUUAAAAAUGAUGAGACUGGAGAGGAGGUUAAUAAUGGUGAGACUGAAAAGGAGGUUGGAAAGACAAAGAAGAAGCAGAAGAAAAAGAAAAAGAAGAAGGCUAAAAAGCCCAAGGAAUCCAUGGACACUGAAGAAGAAACAGUUACUGUUGCAGAAACCAAUGAUCAAGUUGAUAAAGAAGAAGAUCAAGUUGAUGACUCUGAAUAUCAUGCAUGGUAUGAGCUUAGGCUUCAUCCAUUGCUUAUGAAAUCAAUAUCCAGGCUCAAGUUCAUAGAACCAACACCUAUACAGAAAGCUUGUAUACCUGCAGGUGCUCAUCAGGGAAAGGAUGUGAUUGGUGCUGCAGAGACAGGGUCUGGUAAAACACUGGCAUUUGGAUUACCGAUUUUACAACGCCUUCUUGAAGAAAGAGAUAAAUUAGAGAGACAGGUGGAAGAAAAAGGAGAGGCGGAUGAAAAAGUUGUUUCAAGAGGUCUUUUAAGGGCACUUAUUAUUACUCCCACUAGGGAGCUUGCACUUCAGGUCACUGAUCAUUUGAAGCAAGUGGCAAAAGGGACAGAUGUUAGGGUUGUUCCUAUUGUUGGUGGAAUGUCAACAGAAAAGCAAGAAAGACUUUUGAAAACAAGACCUGAGAUUGUUGUUGGAACUCCAGGGAGGCUAUGGGAACUAAUGUCAGGUGGAGAAAUUCAUCUUGUUGAGUUACAUUCAUUGUCAUUCUUUGUGCUGGAUGAGGCAGACAGAAUGAUAGAUAAUGGUCAUUUUCAUGAGCUGCAGUCAAUUAUUGACAUGCUUCCCAUGAUUCGUGAAGGACAUCAAGAAGUUUCUGAAAAUUGUGUCACAGCUUCAGGCUUUCAAAGGAAGAAAAGGCAGACUUUUGUGUUUUCAGCAACUAUUGCCUUAUCUUCUGAUUUUAGGAAAAAACUUAAACGUGGAUCUGUGAAAACAAAAUCAGAUGGUGAAUUGAACUCAAUUGAAGCCUUAUCUGAACGUGCAGGGAUGCGUUCUAAUGCUGCUGUUAUUGAUCUCACAAAUGCUUCAAUUAUGGCAAAUAAUCUUGAGGAGUCCUUCAUUGAGUGUCCUGAAGAAGAUAAAGAUGCAUGUUUGUAUUAUAUUUUAUCUGUUCAUGGACAAGGGCGUACUAUCGUCUUUUGUACAUCAAUUGCAGCCCUUCGUCAUAUCUCUUCCCUUAUGCGCAUUCUUAAUGUCAAUGUUUUGACCCUUCAUGCACAGAUGCAGCAGCGUGCUAGACUCAAGGCGAUUGAUCGUUUUCGUGCAAAUGAUCAUGGAAUACUUGUGGCUACUGAUGUUGCAGCUAGGGGUCUUGAUAUUCCUGGUGUUCGAACUGUUGUUCAUUAUCAACUUCCUCAUUCUGCAGAAGUUUAUGUUCAUAGAAGUGGUAGAACAGCUAGAGCUUCUGCGGAUGGGUGCAGCAUUGCUCUCAUUUCACCAAAAGAAUCAUCAAAGUUUUCUUCUUUGUGCAAAUCAUUUUCAAAGGAAAGUUUCCAGCAAUUCCCUAUAGACUCUUCAUACAUGCCUGAGGUAAUAAAGCGCCUAUCUCUUGCACGCCAAAUAGACAGGGUUUUGCGAAAGGAAUCACAGGAUAAGGCUGAUAAGACCUGGUUUCAACGAAAUGCUGAAUCAAUCGAAUUGAUUGUAGAAGAAAAUGACAGUGAGGAUGAAAGAGCAAACACUAUCAGAAAAACAAAAGCAAAUUCUGCAAAACUAAAAAACCUUCAACAGGAGCUCAAGUCACUGCUUUCUCGUCCAUUGCAACCCAAAUCAUUCUCAAGUCGAUAUUUGGCAGGGGCUGGUAUUUCACCACUUCUUCAACAACAAUUUGAAGAAUUAGCAAAACAGAAACUUGCUGAAAAAGAAAACCCGAGAAAUAAUAAUAACAACAAGAGGAAAAUGGUUGUUAUUGGUCAUGAUUGUGUCGAACCACUCCAAGCACUCAGAAGCAGUGGUCAUGAGGUUUCCAUGGAUCUUAAAGGGGCUGGGGAAAAGCGAAGAAGCUUAGACAACCUAAGAAGAAAGAGGAAAGAAGAUAAAAAACGGUUGCAUGAUCAAAAGAGAAAACAGAGGAAAAAGCUAAAAUCCGGAGGCGAUUAGAACCUUAAUUAGCAAAGCUAUCAUCAAAUUUUGUUAAGACUUGAGAGUACAUUAAUUUCAUGCGAUACUUUUCCUCCAUGAAAGACUGAAUUUUGGAGAGGCUGUGAUAAUUUAUACUACGCAUUUGUUUUCUAAAUACUGAAGAAAGAGAAAUACAAGAAAAUAUAAAUUGUGAGGAAAA